UCCGCUCUCCAGGAUCUGGAUCUGGAUCUGGAGGAGUCCAGGCGCUGGCGCGGUCAUGUGUCUGGUUAACUUUGUGUGCGCGAUCAUCACCAGAGCGCUCUUCAUCCUGGUGGCUCUCACCGGGGUCUGGAGGGUGACAUGGGUGAAGCAGGACCCCAAGUACUGGUUCCUCACUUUCCUCUUCCUGCCGCUUGUUGCUGAAAUGAUAAUCACUCUGAAGAGGCGAAAAGGGAAGGAUUACAAAUGGUUCUCUCCUCCUAUCUUCCUCUUCCUCAUCAGUAUCAUCCCCUCCAUCUGGCUGCUGGAGCUCCACCACCAGGACCCGACAACCAAAGAACCCGAGUGCAAAAAGCUUGACUCCUGGGAGAAUGUGCGGAGAGUGAUUGCUGUGAAUGAGUCCAUGGGAAACCUCACAUACCAGAACUACCUGAAGAACAUUGACCAGAUGUUGUCGUCGGUCUGUUCCAACGACUGGAUCCUGGCUCUUCAUCAGAUCCUCCUCAUCCUCCUCAUCGUGGGAAAGUGGCUCCUCCCGCUGGGGGGCGGCGUCACCAGGGACGAGCUCUCCCAGCUGCUUCUGAUCUUCGUGGGCACGGCGGCGGACAUCCUGGAGUUCACCAGCGAGACGCUGUCGGACGUCAAAGAGAAGAGCCCUCAGCUGGUCUACAUCGUCUUGGCGGUGUGGACCUGGAGCAUGCUGCAGUUUCCUCUACAUCUGUCCGUGGUAAACUCCACGCGGGACAGUGAGAAGGGGGACGAGGACGUCCCGGAGGUCUCCCUGCUGUCCAAACACAGCACUGACAUGUGGAGCGUCGCGGAGGCCCUGUUCAUCCAGGACGGGCCGUUUCUCGUGGUCCGGCUCACCGUCAUGACCUACUUCGACGUCUUCCACCAGAUGCUGGGUUUCUUUGCCAUUAAGAACUUCCUGGUGGUCAUACUGAACUUGUACCGGCUGGUCAUUGUUUGCCACAACUUCAGACAGUCCCGCCGCGGCGCCUCGAGAGGCGGCGAAGUCCCCUGAGCCGCCCGAGUCCAGCGGAGACACCACUCAGAUUUACAGCUGAAAAUGCAUGAAAGGAAGGAAACACUUGUCUUUUGGUUUUCUUCUCACAGUUUGUUGCACUGUGUGGAAUCGAUUGGGUGUGAAUCAUUAAUGAUGGUGGGAGUGUAAAUCUGCGAGAGAUCAUUUUCUUCCACUUCUAAGUGACUGGAUUCACAGUCCGCACUCGACUGCAAAGUGUCCAAAUUAACUUGAAGUUAUACCUCACUUUAUAAAAGUCUCAGCAUCUCUUGUUUUCUGUUUGAAUGAAAAUUGUUAUUUUUACCUCUCAUUUACUCCUUUGUUUAUGUGCAGAGGCAGAAACCUUAAAGAACAGCAUUGAUUGAUACAGUAUGACAUUUUGGACAGCGUUAAAACAUCAAGAGAUAAAAUUAACGGCUUAAUUUUAUUUAAUGUAACAAAAAAUGUUAUAUAUCAUCUCAUUAUGCUAUAUAUCAUCUCAUUUCAAAGUGAAUCUCCAUUCUGUUGUGCAAUAUGAAUUUUCUCUACCACUUAAUCCUGCUCAGGGUCGAAUAACUCAUUUGACAAAGAGCAGACUCUGAACUCAGCACAAGAAGGAAGCAGACAGAACAGGAAAAAGGUGUGUGUGUGGUCUGUUGGGUCCAAGAGGGAAAUAUCCUCAUUAAAUCAUUUGUAAAAUGAUAAUUCAUGCAAAGAAAAUAUGCAUCACGGUAAGAACAGCCUCUGCUUAGAUCAGGGUUUGGCACAUUUCUUACUGUAUGGUGCGUCUGAUGGGGAGGAAGUGAGGGGAGUGGGAACAGGAAGAGACAGAGCGGCAGAGAUAUAAUGGAUGACACAAUGCCUGUGAAGUGUUGACAGAGGUUGAGAUGGAGGAGAGCAAUUUUCCUGCCUUAAACCCGGCCGGGAGUCGAGACUGAUAAAAGCAAAAUACCCCGUCCUGUGGCUGGCUGUUUUAAAGCGCUCCCAGAAAGUCGGCAAAUCUUUCCCAGCUUUGACCUGUUUGUACAUCCUGGAAUGUUCACAUAUCCUCUCUUUUACUCUGAUUGUGUUCAGUAUUUUUGUGAAUGAAGCGUCUGAAUCGGCACAGUCCCUGUUUCAUGUGAACAUGUUAAAGACCUCAGCACAACCUGUGCAGUUACUGUAAAGAAAAAAUAGAAUAGAAACACAUGUACACGGAUCACAACACGAUCAGGAAAGAAUUAUAUGAUG